AUGAGUGACUUUCUCAGCCGGGUGUUUGGCAUCAACUCCGACUACAAUCUCCUGGUGUACGAGGCCCAGCAGGAGCAGGACUACGACCUGGACCUCGAGUCCCAGUUCCUCGACCCCCAGCGAGCGGCGCAGCCGCUGGUGGCGGUCGAAGUGGGCGCCACCGCCAUGGGCGACUCCACCGGCGACUACGCCAUGCUGGAAAGCUUCGACCCGCCGCAUCAGUCGAUCCACAUGUCACACAUCAAGCCCAAGGCCAAACCGAAGCCGCGAAGGAAGCGCAAAGUGAGACAGACCGCCGUCAACAUCAGCGACAACGAGAGGGCGCUCUAUCUCUGGGCCAACGUCACCAACAUGGACCAAUUCCUCUGUGACGUCUACUGGUACUAUAAGGAUAAGGGUGUCACCAACAUUGUCCUUCUGAGGCUCGUGGACUUGGCAAUCUUGGUGUUCCUUAUAUCGCUUACCCUGUUCUUGCGGUGGGGGAUCGACUACUCGGUGCUCAGUGAGGGCAGGCCCCACACGUUAGCCGACAUCGUCAUUGCCCAGUGGCACAUGCCGGGGUGGGCCAAAGUGCUCUGGACGGGGUUUAUCGCCUACGUCGGUCUCCGGCUUAUCCAGCUCUAUAUGGACUGGUUCAAGCUUCGCGAGCUCCGCAACUUCUACCGCAUGCUUGCCAUCAGCGACGACGAGCUCUUGACGAUCCUGUGGCCCGUGGUGGUGGAGAAAUUGGCUGCGCUCAAGAACUAUAACCAGUUGACGCUGAACGUCCCGUUAACGGCUCACGAUAUCGCCAACCGCAUCAUGAGAGUGGAAAACUACUUGGUGGCGCUUAUAAGUCGUAAUGUCAUCGACGUCGCCCCCAGGUUCAUGACCCGGACUCUCGAAUGGAACAUCAAGUUGUGCAUCAACCAGUUCAUGUUUUUGACCACUACCGACGGCAAUAAGCUUGACGAGCGUGUGCUUAAAGAGUAUAACCGAAAUUUACUCGCCGACCAGCUCCGCAAACGGUUCAAGAUGGCCGCCCUCAUCAACUUGGCCCUCUGUCCAUUUCUCGUGCUGUACUUUGUGUUGCUCAAUUUCUUCAAGUACUUCAACGAGUACAAAUCCAACCCCGGCAGCAUUGUUGGUCUCCGUCAGUAUACUCCCUACGCCGAGUGGUUGCUUCGCGACUAUAACGAGUUGCCUCAUUUCUUUGAGCGCCGAUUAUACCAAAGCAUGGCUCCCGCAAACCGUUACAUCAACCAGUUCCCGCGGGGGUUUCUUGUCCUCAACGCUAUGACGUUGGUCAACUUCAUUCUGGGGGCGAUCACGGCGGUGCUUGUCCUCCUUGGGCUCGUCUACGAUAACGAGGAAUUUCUGUUCUGGCUGCUUGAGCUUAGCGAAGGGCGGCUGGCACUCUUUUGGAUUUCAGUGCUCGGUACCGUAUGGGCAGUCACCGCUACGUCAUUAGGCAAAGACGAUGCCGGCGAACAGCCAGUGUACGACCCCGAGGCGGCGCUCCAGUACGUGGCUCAGUACACCCACUAUCUCCCCCACCGCUGGCAGGGCCGGCUCCACACCCAGGAGGUGAAGAACGAGUUUUGCCAGCUCUACAACUUGAAGAUUAUCGUCAUCGCCUGGGAGAUCUUGUCGAUUGUCGUGCUGCCGAUCCUCCUCUGGUUCCGCCUCAGUGCCCAGCUGGGCGCCAUCGUCGACUUCUUCCGCGACUACCUGGUCCACGUCGACCACUUGGGCUACAUCUGCUACUACGCCAUGUAUAAUUUCGAUGACGACGGCAAGGCGCGUCGCGCCGCCACUGGUGACGACAAGAUGAUGAAGCUGUACAUGUACUUUGUCGACCAGUACCGCCCGGAACACCAGGCGCCGGCAGCACCCCCGGCAGCCCCCUCCAACGCCGGCGCCACGCCUGUGGCCACCGGCCGCAGUCGCGCUGCUCCUGUCGAUCUGCUCUACCUGCUGUACACCGUCCACUACGACUUUGACGACGCCGACCCCAACGCAGCAACCACGGCAGCGGCACCGGCUCCCGGGGCACCGCUGGGGGUAUUGGGCAUGAUCAACCAGUUCUACAAACACCUGCGGUAG